GCCAUAACUUUCACACUUUUGACAAAUAUAGCCAUUUCUAUUCGAAAACAACAAAUAACCAAUUCCGUCCAUUUUGGUAACGGUGUUAGCAGACGUUAUGACUGUACUAACGGCUUGCGCUGAGUUGGCAACUGAGUUACCCCACUUUCCGACGUGGAAAUCAGACUUAAAAAAAUAUGAAAGUGAACAGCUGCCCACCACCACUCGCGACUCUUCCAUUCCAACCUUAUCCCUUCAGACGAUGGAGGCUUUGCGAUUGGAAGGGACAUAUGGAUUUGGAAGUUCGACGGUCGACGGGGACUGGAAUUUGCAUUUGAAAGAUGAGAAACAUAGUGGAUUUGUUCUUCCACCUCAUGUAGCCGAUGCAGAUGAGUAACCCAUUAUAGAUCUGCCUUCCGGCCGCCGCUUGGAAUCGUCGUCGAGCUUCUGUCAGAUACAGAUUCACAACUGUCGGCGCCUCCUUCCCGUCCUUCGCUGCUUGGCAUCAUCGUCGUUCGGCGGCUAGCGCUACGUCAGAUCCAGACAGUAAAUUCAAAAAAAAAAAAAAAGCAGACGAGCCUCGAACGAGAGAUGAAAAUUGGGAUUCCGGGGAGCAAAUCCGUCCAUGGAGCUCAUCCUAACUCGGUACCUGGACCAGAUGGCCAGUGCGGAGGCGGCGGGGAAGCAAGUCGUCGGGAUGGAAGAGGAGAAUUAGGUUAUCAGCGGUGGUGGCGGAGAGAGGACGAGGACGGAAGUGGAUUUUCCGGCGCGGAGGAAUCGUUGGAGUCGGAGGAGCUGAAAGAGUCGGAAGCGGAUUAUUAACUAUUGGGGAUGAAAAUAGAUUUGGAUUGAAACGAGGAUUGAUGAGAGGAAAUCUUGCACUAAUGCCUCUGCUCAUCUUCCGUUCUCUUAUCUUUCAUUUCCUUUUUUUUUCAUGUAAUUACAUUCCAACCUAAUUAGAAACUGGAGUUUAGAAUUUCGGGGACAGGGAAGAAGGAGAAAGGGAAGUAAACAUAUAUAAUUAUUUUUAUUUUUUUUAUUAUUUACGUGGCAUUCCACGUGUACGUUUUGCUGAUGUGUCAAUGAUGUGUAGGUUGGUUUUCGUCCUCGUCAGCGUUCCGUCAAACGAUUUAACGGAGUCGCAGACGGUGUUAAAGUUUCUAACGGAUUUGGCUAGAUUUGUCACACUACCCUCAGUUUUUUGGGCUAUUUGUGGUUUUCGAAUAGAAAUGGCUAUAUUUGUCAAAAGUGUGAAAGUUAUGGCUAUACAGGUGUAUUUUGCCUAUAAGUUUUUGCACUUAUACUUUGAUACUUUUCGUAUUCGAUCGUAAGCUCUAAUUAAGCUAGUUUGUAUCGGGAGAAAAAUUAUAUCAUAAAUGACUUUGACCGAGAAAUAUGCCUAACUUAUCCUUGAGUUAAUUAACAAAUUGGUACUCCAAGAGUAAAACAUUAUUGAAUAAUUUCUUGCUUCGAAUUAAAGACAAUUAUUUCCCAAGGAAAGCUCAAAGGACAUGGGACAAAGACUCGACUUAAGACUCAAUAACAAGACUAAAACAGAAAAACCGCGGUAGUUCGUAAGCAAAUAAACUAUUGAUGAAAGAGCAUGUAAUGAAUGCAAUAAUAAAUU